CUGUCGCCUAUAAUAAAGUUGUGAGAGACCGAUCCACUCCUGUUAUAAUAUUUUCUUUAAUAAUUGUCAUCCUCUAAAGUGUCAGUGUCAACCCGUCAUGGGGUUAGUCGAAACAUUCUUAUGUAUUUCUUAAAAAUUCCUGUUUAUAGUGCUAUCAGAAUGAUUCUGUUAGCUCUACCGCUCUUCUUUGCUUCCUUUUGCUUUGCAGUAAUCAUGCUAAUUAUCUACCACAACGAAUUCAAGCGUCUUAGAGAGAACUUUCUUACAGCCAAGUGUCCGAGGAUAACGGAACUGCCUCUAGUGACCCAAAGCGGACAAAUCGUCAAUACAAUAGAAGAAUUGGACAUGCACAUAGAGCUCCUCAAAGGCGAAAUGGAAGAAAAAGAGAAGGAACUCGAGGUUUCUAAAAGCAAAAUUGCUUCUACUGAAGAAAAUCUUAAACGAUUAACAGAUACGACAAACGAGGUAAAAAAAUUCUAUUUUAAAUUGAAAACUGAAAUUUCUAAGAACGAGAACGAGUGUAAGGAACUUCACAGCCAAAUUGAAGAUUGCUUGGAUAGACAAGCUAGAUUGAGGGAUGAAGUUAACCAGAAUGUUAAAUUUUAUACUAACAUGUUGGGGAAUAUGGAUAAUGAUUCUGUUACAGAUGUUGCUAAGGAUUAUGAAGUGAUAGUUCCUACAUCAUUAAAGAAAAAACCAAGCUACCAUACCCGACAAUAGAAACCAGAUCAAAAUUAUUAUUUGUUCGAAAUAAGUCGAUUUAUCAAUGCCGGUACAAUUAUUAAUUUUUAUAACAAGAAUUUCUUUCGACUCCGAUCCUAAUCAAUCAUUAUGUCAUGAAAGGCUGUAUUGAUUUUUCUUUGAUAUGCAUCGCACGCUUAUACAUGUGUAUCAUAAUUUAGACAACUUCAUUUCUUAUCUGGCAACGAACCGGCGUGAUGUAAUAAAUUAUGUUGUUGGAUUGGUUCACAAAGUAAAUUAUAAAAAAAAAAUGUUGAUGUUCUUUUCCUUUUUUAAAGGUAUCAGAUAGUUAGGCGCAGGAAUUCAUGGGAAUUUUUGAAGAUUUGUUUCCACUACAAUUACACAAGUGAAAAUUAGGGAAUAAAAUUGAAAAUAACAUUAAUUUUCUUACCUAGAUAAUGUUGAUUGCUU